CAUCUCUCCCGUUACGACGGCAGCACAGCACAGCCCUGCACAGCCUGCCUCUGUGAGAACCACCAAGUCGUGCUGAGAGAAAGAGAGAGAGAACGAAAGAGACAGAGAGAGGAGGGGGUUAGAGUAAGUGAGACAGAGAAAGAGAAAGAGACAGAGAGAAGAGUAGGACCACGGAGGGAGCAAAAUACAGCCCUAUUGCCGUCACUCUCUCUGACAUCUCCUCUCGUGCUCGUGUGUUCCAGUGUGUGAACGCGUGGAGGAGAGAGGGGGAAUAAUAGAAUUAAGCCUGGGUGAUUCUUUCUUUCUUGCCUCCUCCCCCUCCUUCCUUAUUUUCCUUCUUUUUUUCUCCUCAUCAUCCAAGUCUUGAAUACGGGUGUCAGCUGCCACAGCGGGAUAAAAUAAAGGGAUGCUUUGAAUGCUGCCUCUGUUUGCAAAAGGGACGAGGAGGACGAGAGAAGCACAACAAGCAAGGGACAAAAACCGGAUUUCUCGAAUGAAUGGGAGUCCCCCGCAGCAUGUGCUGGGAAUAGCAGUCGGAUACUGAAGUCUCUGAUUCAGGAUCCCAUCCAGAGGAACUGACCACUCCACUGCACACGGCCUGGGUGUCUCCGAAUGCUUUUCUCUGCCAAAGUUCUGGUUGACCAACCACGGCCCACGUUGCUACACUCCAAGUAUUUCAUCUUAAAGGAUGUUUGAGGACUAAGCCUGGGAUUCCGACAGAUCCUGACCACACCUGCAAAACAAGGGGAGAGAUUCUUGCUUGUUGUAGACAGGCAAAGCCCUGCUGGUCCUGGGGUGGUGUUUCCUGUCUGCCACAGGAAGAAGAAACAUGUUUGGCUAAGAUGUCGUUGAGGACUCCACCACACUGCCUCUCCUACACUGUGUGCCCCCCCGGAUGUGUGUCCCCGAUGGUGCCAUGAUCCUGUUAUAACCGUGGGUAAUGACGAGGCAUAAGACCAAUCCUGGAGAUGCCGAAGAGAAGAGACAUUCUUGCCGUCGUGUUGAUAGUGUUACCGUGGACUCUGCUCAUCACCGUCUGGCACCAAAGCGCGAUCGCGCCGCUGCUCGCCAUCCGAAAGGAUGACAGAGCCGAGGGGAGGAAGGAGGGCGGACAGGCCUCCGACUCCAAGGAGUACUGCUCCUCGGACAAGGACAUUGUGGAGGUGGUGAGGACCGAGUAUGUAUACACGCGGCCCCCGCCCUGGUCCGAUGUGCUGCCCACCAUCCACAUCAUCACCCCCACCUACAGCCGGGCCGUCCAGAAGGCGGAGCUCACCCGGCUGGCCAACACCUUCCUCCAUGUCCCCAACCUGCACUGGAUCCUGGUGGAGGACUCCCAGAGGCGGACGCCCCUAGUCACCCGGCUCCUCCGGGACACGGGGCUCAACUACACCCACCUCAACGUGGAGACCCCCAGGAACUAUAAGCUGAGGGGGGACACCAGAGAUCCGCGAAUCCCCCGGGGAACCAUGCAGAGGAACCUGGCGUUGCGCUGGCUCCGGGAGACCUUCAAUGCCAACAGCAGCCAAGCUGGCAUUGUGUACUUUGCAGACGACGACAACACCUACAGCCUGGAGCUGUUUGAGGAGAUGAGGUCCACCAGAAAGGUCUCCGUGUGGCCCGUGGCAUUCGUGGGCGGGCUACGCUACGAGUCGCCCAAGGUCAACGCAGCAGGAAAGGUGUACGGCUGGAAGACGGUGUUCGACCCCCAUCGACCAUUUGCCAUCGACAUGGCGGGCUUCGCCAUCAACCUGCGCCUCAUCCUCUUCAAACCCCAGGCCUACUUUAAACUGCGGGGGGUCAAGGGGGGCUACCAGGAGAGCAGUCUACUCCGAGAGCUGGUCACUCUCAAUGACCUGGAGCCUAAAGCAGCUAAUUGCACUAAGAUACUCGUUUGGCACACCAGGACAGAAAAACCUGUCCUUGUUAAUGAGGGGAAAAAAGGAUUCACAGACCCUAACGUGGAGAUUUGACAGUCUCCUCAGAAAAGGGUGGUUGGCUUUGGAUUCUGAGAGAGGAAGACAGACACUCUUCCUCAGAGCAAAACAAUAUUAAUGUCUUAAUCAUGAAAAGAAAAAGCGAAAUACUUUUACUAUUGGAAUUAAAGCAGUUAUAAUGUAUCAUAUUAAAGCACAGAAUAUCUCAAGAUGGCAAUAUUCAUCAGGUUUAAGUGUUGCAGACACCAACACAAAACAGAUAUGGAAGGAGGGAGCGACGGCAGAUGGGACACUUGUCAGUGGUGUGCAGGCAUGAGAGACAGCACAAUGUUAAAAGGAAUGGUGAAUGCCAAUGGAACUCGUUACACUGUAACCGCUUGAAAAGACGGAAGAGAAUGAUUCUUGUUCAAUGUGGAUCUGCGUUCUGCACAUACUAGAUGAGGUCAGGAAUCCUCGCCUCGAAAGGCUCAGAAG